UCUUGCAGGCAGGGGAAAACAAAAUGUCUGAAACCCAUCUGGAGGAAGAAGAAUACCCAACGGAGAUCCAGGAUUAUCUUUUAGCCUUUGAAAAAUCUCUUGGUUCUGUAGAUGAAAUGCUCAAGACCAUGAUGUCCGUGUCUAGAAGCGAACUUCUCCAGAAGCUGGAUCCCCUGGAACAAGCCAAAUUAGAUCUGGUCUCGGCUUAUACGUUGAAUUCACUGUUCUGGGUGUAUCUUGCCACUCAAGGCGUUAAUCCGAAGGAACACCCGGUAAAACAAGAGCUGGAGAGGAUACGAACAUACAUGAACAGAGUGAAAGAGAUAGCGGACAAGAAGAAAGCUGCCAAACUGGACAAAGGUGCCGCUUCGCGAUUCGUGCGGAACGCGCUGUACGAACCGAAACCGCAAAAGGAGUCUGCCAAGAAAUCUCCUGUACCAGCCAAAAAGAAGAAAACGCGCUAGGAGGCCCUUGCCCCAUGGUAAUUUGGGCACAGGGAGAGAGACUAUUUCUAAGGGCGCCUUUCAUCCAUUUUAUGUACAACGGGAUGAUACUUUUGGAUGAGAAAAUGUGAUAAAGCAACUACAUGAAA